CGGAAGGGAGGCGCUGCGAGCCCGCAGAGACGUGACCUCCGGGCGUCCGAGCGAGCAGCUGCGAGCGGGCCUGGAACAAGCAAUUAAAAAUGGGUGGCCAUUUUGGAAACUUGGAAAGAGUGAGGCAUGUGAUCACUUAUAGCUUGUCUCCAUUCGAGCAGAGGGCAUUCCCUAACUACUUCACCAAAGGAAUUCCGAAUGUAUGGAGGCGAUUUCGUUCACAGGUCUUCAGGGUAGCUCCUCCUUUUGUGGUGGCCUAUGUUGUUUACACCUGGGGGAACCAAGAAUUUGAGCGACUGAAAAGGAAGAACUCUGCUGACUUUGAAAAUGAUGAGUAAUACAGCUAAUAUAGAGAUCUCAGUGUAUUAAUGUCAGUGCCCCUUCCUUGUUUCUUAACUUGUUCACAUACACACAAAAGGAUAUUUAUUAUAGCAGGCUGCGAAAGCUUGUUCAAUAAAUCUUAGUUCCUA